AUGGAUUCGCAAGAAACUCUUCACGAAAUAUUAAAUUACAUCGAGGUUCUUGAUGAGGUUACGAAUGAGCUGCAGCAAAAGAAAAAGCAGCUUGUCUCACUGAGGACAGGGUGCUUGGCUAGCAGAUCUGCUGGUGCCACCGUGGGGACCGUCGGAACGAUCAUCUCCAUUAUCGGAUUUAUUGGAGCACCAUUGACGGGUGGGUUGAGUCUGGCCGCGACGGUAGGCGGCAUGGCCACAGGACUGGCGGGUGGCGCCACUGGAAGCAUUGCUGAGUGUGUGCAGCACUUUAAGAAGAAGUAA